AUGCGCCUCACGCAGCACGCCUUGGACUACAUGACGCACGAGCUCUUGCCAAACGUGCUAAAGAGCCUUUCUGACGUCCAGCUUAGCGAGGGCGCAAGCGGGACAUACAGCGGCAUCAGCUACCGAAUGUGGAACAUUAACAUCCACAACAUUGCAGUAAAACAUCCAGAUAUGUUAUUCCAGAUGCCCAGCGGCAUCCAGCUAUGCUUGAAAGAAAUCACGGCCAACAUCUCCUCCAGCUGGCAUGCAGAGUGGCAAUUCCUAUCAGAUUCUGGCAUGGUCAACGUCGUGAUGCCAGACGGCUUUGUGUGUGCCUCCAUCCAGGUCAGCACGCGGAAUGGCCUUCCUCAGGUCAAGCUCGCUCAAGUGGAUGCCGACCUUGACUUGGAGUCAGUCUCAUUCAGCCAGUCCAACUUUCCUUGGGUCAUGAACUGGGGUGCCUGGCUUUUCCAGUCGAAGCUGGAAGAAGUAGCUGCCAAUAAGAUCCGAGAUCAAGUCUCAACGUUCAUCAACAGCGACCUUGCUCGAAUGCUGAAUGAUUUGGACUUGAAAGUCUUACUCCCAAUGCCAGAGGUUCAUGACUCUUUGUCGAUCAAUCUCGCUCUGGAUUACAUUGGGACCAAGCAGGAUUACCUUCAGGUGGAUAUUCGGGGCGCCAUCUCAUCGGUGAGCCACACAGAUCGUGUUUGCCCGUUUCCCCAGGAGCCCUUCCAAAGCGCCCUUCCUUCCACAUGGUCCACACGCAUGGCAUCCAUAACUGCGUCGAAGAGGACUGUGGAGUGCUUCUUGUGGAUGCUGAACUCCACCGGCAUCCUCAGCUACACGCUCUUGCCCAGCGGUGUCCCAGACAACGCACUAGGUCUAAAGCUGGACACCGACUUCAUGUCUAUCCUGGCCCCCGGGUUGAAGGAUCUGUACCCAUCAACGCAACCGCUGCUUGUGCGAGCAGAUGUGGGCAGGGAACUGCCGACCUUCGACUUCCAAAAGGGCCGCAUGGGCAUCAACGUCCCAAUGGUGUUCAGCUUUCGCCGGCUGCAAGCUUCCAUGCUCUACGACACCUCCGAGUUCCUCUUCUCCGUCCUUGCUGAUGUCCAUGGGCGGGUCGAGCUUUUUGUGGAGCCCAGUCCGACUGCUGGGGGGCCUCAGCAGCUCAGAGCCCACGCAACAAUUCUGGAACCGUCGAACAUUCGAGAAGGUAGCAGCAUCGCCGGCCCGGUGAACCUGAUGAUGGCUUCUCAACUCCUGGCCAUCAUCAAGCAGCCCGCCGAGGAUGCUUUGAACACCGACACAUUCUCCAAGCAGUAUAUACCACUAGGCGACCCGACCGGAGCCUUAACGCUCGGCAACGUCAAUGCCAACGUCAGCGAGGAGGGAGUCUUCUUCCUGUCGGACCUGGUCGUGAACUGGACGUGGGAUCGCCAAGAGAUGAUGAAAGUCCUCAAUGGUCUUGGCCCACCUGGAGUGCAGACCGUGACCCUGGAGUCCACAGCAACUGCGGGUCCCCCAAGUCAGGAUCCUGAAGCCACCCGGGACGAGGGAGCUACGUCGAAGGGCGGAAGAAACGGCGGAGUCCUGGACCCAGUGCAUGUGGACUUGCGGUUCAUUGCUUCAGAAGCGGGGGAAGACAUGUACCAAGCAUGGGUUCGAGGCGAUGUGCCAGACGGGCACGUCUGUGAACGCUAUGGAAGUCGGGUGCUGGAACUGUUCUCACUGCAGAAGCUGGGCGAGAUGGCGGAGUCGGGGGAUACCACGAAUAAGGAUGGCUUCGACAAGAUCUUUUCGGAGGAAGGAAUAUGUGAAGGUAGUCCAAGCAGGACCUUGCAUGGGCAUGGCCAGGACACAGCAAAGCUGAACAUGGAGCAAGAAGGAGACAGCACAGUGAAUGGGAAUGCUUAA